AUCUGAACGCCCUUUCUUCUUCCCCUGUUUGAUGAUCCAGAAAAUGGUAUUCUCUUUCGCUGGUAAGUGAUGGUCUGGUGAUGUGUUUUUAUGAAUUUCUUCUAGUGCUAACUUCUAAUUUUGAUAUAUAGGCAUGACACUAUGAAUCAUGAAGCCAACAAAACCACAGCAACCAUUAACCGUCUUCGUCCAGAUAGUUCCAUCUCAGCCUUGGAUGGAUAUUCGAUUGACUAUAGUCGUGGAUUUGGUGAAGUGAAAAGCUAAACAAACGCCAACAACUCUGCAACCAUUGGAAAAGAUCUGGUGCGACUAGGAUUAUUCGCUAAGAAUGCUAUCGAUGUGAACGACAUGGAAGCUAUCUUGACAUUUCAAGCAGUAGGACGGUACAUUACUUUUUACUUGGUAAAAUUGAUGGCGGAUGGACUCUAUCUUAUGUACGAGCUAAGAAGUUUUACUGUGCCUGGAUGUAUCAAUCAAAUUUUAUUUCUACCAUGUUACUUUGAUGAUAUAUAUUUCAUCUUAAAUGUCUACCGUACCCAUUGUGUCCAAAUGACCCCUGAACAAGCCAAUGAAUCCAAGCGUAUGAAACGACCCACACUAUUAACACCUGAGUUCGAUCGCAUCAUUGACAAGACAACAAACAGAAAACGUCGAUGGAUCACCAAACGCUCCCACUGAACACUUAUUUGUACAAAGUCUCCCCACUCUUAUAAUCAUCGUAUACAUUUCAUAUAUCUCCUUAGUUUAUCUUUCUAUAUAUAUAUGUAUAUAUAUUUUUUUUUUUUU